UAGAUACAGAACAGAACAAAAGCAAGCAAAACUCUCAAAGAGUUUUUUUUUUUUUCUCUGGUCAGCUCUGUCUUGGAUUCGAUCUGACAUUAAUGGCGGGUGUUGUACCUUCGUCGAGCGUUCUGGGACUGGUGGGUUUCCUGAUUCUGUUUCUCUCCAUAAACCCACUUGGGUCUCUGGGUUCUAAUGCUCAGAAGGUCCAAGUUUCUUUGUACUACGAGUCUCUGUGUCCGUACUGUGCCAAUUUCAUCGUCAACCAUUUGGUGAAGCUCUUCCAAAACGGUCUCAUCUCCGUCGUCGAUCUCAGACUCGUCCCUUGGGGUAAUGCUUGGACCAAACCUGAUGGCUCUAUCGUUUGCCAGCAUGGAGCAGAUGAAUGCUUGUUGAACACAAUGGAGGCCUGCACUAUUACUGUAUAUCCCGAUGUGGACCGGCAUUUUAGAUUUAUCCACUGUGUGGAGAAAUUGAGUUUGAAGAACAGGCACAAAGAGUGGGCCAAUUGUUUUGAAAUCUCAAGGUUGGGCACUGUCCCCAUUGACUGCUACAACACUGGCUAUGGCAAUGUGAUUGAGCAUAGAUAUGGAAAUGAAACAGCUAUGCUUAACCCUGCACAUAGAUUUGUUCCAUGGGUCAUAGUUAAUAAUCGACCACUUCAAGAGGAUUAUGAAAACUUUAUGGCUUACAUUUGCAAGGCUUACAAAGGGUCUCCUACACCAGAGGCUUGUAGAUCAGUUUCAGCUGAGAAUAUUGAACUAAAUGGUCAGCAAGUAGACUCAAUUCCUGAAGUUUGCUAUGAAGGUGAAUCAAGAAGCUUUACAUCAUUAGGAUUAGCUGAGAAAAUUCGUAAAUAAUAUUAUUUUAUAUUGUAUAAUGUAAUGUUUUUAUAUAAAAUAUAGCAAUAUUAAUGGUAUCAUAAUCUGACCCCAAACAAAAUGUUUGGUUUGUUAAGAUUGGCAUGACUUGGAUCAAAAUUUAAGAACUGUGUUUUUCUUUUAA